GAUUAGGAUUUGGGGAGAUAAACAUAAACCCAAUUAAAGAGAGAGUUGAAUAAUCUGGCUCUUCAUAGUUCAAAGUAGUUGAAUUUCGGCACUGCCAAUGGCAGCUCCUGCACUACGGAUGAUAGAUAUAGCAGUUAAUUUCACAGAUGGCAUGUUUAAGGGAAUCUAUCAUGGCAAGCAUUGUCAUGUCCCGGAUAUUCAAACUGUUUUGAGCAGAGCUUGGAGCGCUGGAGUUGAUCGAAUCAUUGUGACAGGAGGAUCCCUUGAAGAGUCAAAGAAAGCUCUAGCAAUUGCAGAAACUGAUGGAAGGCUAUUUUGUACUGUUGGUGUGCACCCAACUAGAUGCAAUGAAUUCGAAGAAAGUGGUGAUCCUGAAAAACAUUUUCAAGCACUUCUAUCCCUAGCUAAGGAGGGAGUGGAGAAGGGAAAGGUUGUGGCGAUAGGUGAAUGUGGACUGGACUAUGACAGACUUCAGUUUUGUCAAGCUGAUAUCCAAAAGAAGUAUUUUGAGAAACAAUUCGAAUUGGCAAAUGCUAUGAAGCUGCCAAUGUUCCUGCAUAUGCGUGAAGCUGCAGCAGAUUUCUGUGAUAUUCUUGAUCGCAAUAAAAGCAGGUUCUUAUCUGGAGUUGCUCAUUCUUUCACUGGAAGUGCAGAAGAUCGUGAUAAACUACUUUCUUUCAGUAAUUUGUACAUUGGGGUCAAUGGUUGCUCACUGAAGACAACUGAGAAUCUGGAGGUGGUGAAGGGAAUACCUGUUGAGAGAAUGAUGAUUGAGACUGACUCGCCAUACUGUGAUAUUAAGAACACUCAUGCAGGAAUUAAAAUGAUUAAGUCGACAUGGCCAUCGAAAAAGAAAGAGAAAUAUGAUUCGGAGUGCCUUGUCAAAGGGCGAAAUGAACCCUGCUUGGUUCGGCAAGUCCUCGAGGUGGUUGCUGGCUGCAAGGGUAUUGCCGACAUAAAUCAGCUGAGUCAGAAUGUGUACCACAACACUUGCAGGGUCUUUUUUCCUCAUGAUUUAGACUCUGCUGCUGAUGCCCUACUCACUGGUUACAAGAGCCAGUGAAGAACCUUGAUCGACCCACUUAACAUACCAAGUGGCAUGUUGGCAUCGAGGAUUAACCUUCUUGCUGCAUAUGAAGAAGCAAAUCCGUGUGGGCUUAUGACUGAAGGUUUCACACCAUGAAUCAAACUCUGGGGCUUAUUGCUUAAGUAGUGAAACCAAGAUUGUUAUUUUGAUGGUCAUAUUGGAUCUUGGAAGUUAAAAUUCCUUUGUUGUUAAACGCUCCAAUAUAUCUUUUUAUUUGCAAUAAAUUUGGAAAAGGAAUCAGCAUUUUGCCAUGCACAAAAAAAAAAAAAAAAAAAAAAAAAAUUGUAUGUGCUGUAAAAACAAGGGCAUUGUGGACUUGUACAUUCAAAAAUAUGAUAAGGAAAAUUUGCUAACUGCACCAUUUAAAA